GGGUAGACAGCUAGGACCAAACCCGGGAGUCCAAAUUCCUCCGCGUCGCGCGCUGGCCGUGCGCUAAGGCCGCGCCUCUCCAGCGGGGCCGGGCUCCGGGGACCCCGAGCCCGGGGGCCCCUACCUGAUUCCGAAGGGCCCCGGGGCCGGAUGGGCUCCGAGGCCCGGACGAUGCCGCCGCCGCUGCCUCUCGGCCUCAGCGUCAGCCUUAGCCUCAGCCAAGGCGGGAGGAGGCGGCGGCUGCGGAGGUGACGACUCGGCGCCGCGGUGCGGCCGGAGCCCCCGCCCGGGAGGAGCUGGAGUCGGAGCCCCGUGAGCCCGGUGCGCCUGCUUGGCCCAGGGCGGGGCGGCUCCAGGGACCGGGCCAGGGUCGGGCCAUGCAGCGCUCGCAGGCGGACGCGGUCGCUUUGCUUCGCGCCAGUAGGCUGCUGGCCGAUCUGUCCCUGGCCGAACCAGGCUCAGACGGCUGGUGCCGGGGGCGGCCAGGGCAGCGGCCUGCGCCCCCGGAGGAGACGGCCCCCGCUCGUUCCUGGAGGUUAGACGGUGGCGGCUGCUCGGAGCCCGGAGGCUGCCUGGAGCGCGGUCAGUGGCGGCCCGCCUACGAGGGCCACGGUGCCCGCCCGGCAGCCCCCUCUUUGGAGCCCAGCGCCAAGGCCGCAAGCAGUUCUCGCGGGGCCAGUCUGGCCGAUUCGGAGGGCUAUGAGAGCCGACCCUGCAGCGCUCGCACCAGCGGCAUCAGCCUCGGCUACGACCAGAGAAACAGCAGCCCGCGCUCCAGCUGCUCCGACCCCCGGGGGCCGGGGCCACUCGGCGCCGCCCCCCCCCGCCGCCCCUCCUGGUGUGGAGGCCUCGGGGUCGGCAGCAGCGCCCGCUCCAGCGUUUCUAGCCUGAGCUCCCGGGGCUCGGCGGGUGCCCACGCCGACCUGCUGCUGCCGCCCGCCCCGCCGCCUCCAGGCUCGGCCGGCCUGGCCCACCCCGCGGCCGGAGUCCGGCUUCAGCUGCCCUUCCAGGUGACGGCGGGGCGGGAGAGUGGUCCCAGCCCCGCGGAGCGAAGGCUGGAGGCGCUCACUCUGGAGCUGGAGAGGCAGCUGGACCUGAGGGCGAAGGAGGAGUACUUUGGAGUUUGUAUAAAGUGCAGGACAGGCAUCUAUGGUGCAAGUCAAGCCUGCCAGGCAAUGGGGAGCCUUUACCACACCAACUGCUUCACUUGCUACUCUUGCGGGAGAAGACUCCGGGGAAAGGCCUUCUACAAUGUGGCUGGGAAAGUCUACUGUGAGGAGGACUUCCUGUACUCAGGGUUUCAGCAAACGGCCGACAAGUGCUUCGUGUGCGGACACCUCAUCAUGGAGAUGAUUCUUCAGGCCCUUGGGAAGUCCUACCACCCCGGCUGUUUCCGAUGUGUUGUGUGUAAUGAGUGCUUGGAUGGCGUCCCUUUCACCGUGGAUGUCGAGAACAAUAUUUACUGUGUCAAAGAUUAUCACACGGUUUUUGCACCUAAAUGUGCCUCAUGUACCCGACCCAUCCUUCCUGCAAAGGGCUGUGAAGAGACUAUUCGGGUGGUGUCAAUGGAUAGAGAUUAUCAUGUGGAAUGCUAUCAUUGUGAGGAUUGUGGGCUCCGUCUGAAUGAUCAAGAAGGCCGCCGCUGCUAUCCCUUGGAAGGCCACCUGCUGUGUCGAAGCUGCCACAUGGGACGCCUGUCCACCCCAGCCCUGACCAACUAUACUAUGCAUAUGACGGAGCUCUGAAGGACUCCCUGAUGGAUCAGAGCUCAAGCCCAGGACUAGGGGAGUUUUUUCAGUUCCUUAACCAUGUGCUUCACUGGGCAAAGUGAGGUGAGGGUCUCUUCCCUACCUGCCAUUCAGGAGGGUUUCUGGACUAGAGGAGGGCCUUUGCACUGGUCCCUUCAGACAUAGAUGGCCCUCUUCUCUUCAGGCUUUUACAUUCUGACAGAUAGCUGUGGAAUGAAACCAUUUUUUCUACAAGUUUCUUCAUGCCAGGGCUGGGCUGGGCCCUAUCUCCCCUUGCCAUGAAUUAAUUUAUGCCACUUUUUCCUUUUGAUUCUAAAGUGGCAGCCUUGGAGCCCUAUCUCCACAGUUUCUUGAAUCAGAAAGCCCUGGGCUCUAAGCACAUGGGAUUGCUGAAAAUGGGGAUGACCUGGGUCCUGUGGAGCCUCAGUCAGUGCACCUCUUGUCCUCUAGGAUGUGUUCCACAGUCCCUGCAGGGGUUUUGAGCUCUCAGCUUAUUUCUGUCUUCAAGUUUGAGUGGUCCCUUUGCCUUCCUUCCCAAACAAACAUUCUAUUCUCAGGGAUCCCAGAACCAACCUGGUUUGGUAGAAGAUUAUUGAAAGUGGAGGUCAGACAGAUUGGAUGGAAAGGAUGCCUGCUUUCUGAAAAAGAGCAGAUUGGAAAUUGGACAUAACCUAUUCUUAGUAUAAACUUGGUAUAAACCACUCUCCUGAAGCCAUCUCCUUUGGGAUGCCCAAUGUACCAUGUUGAUUGCUACCCAGUGGUGGUUCUGGAUUGCUGUGCUUUCAAGACCCAUUGUUUCUGAGCUUUUCUCCCUUAUUCUGAUGGAGGUUGAAAUUGUAAUUGUCCCCAUGCCUGCCCACAGCCUAGUGACUGCAAGGGCAGAGACCUCUAGACCCUGGAUGGGUAGAAUCAGGCUCCAUAGAUCAGAAUGAGGUGCUUCUGGGGAUUGUGCCUUUACAUGUUAUAGUACAUUGCCCAAGGCAGUAGUUCUAUAUCUGAAUCCAGAAAGGAUCUGUCCCCAUCAUUAGCCAGGAUAUGGAGGAGAGAUGGAGUGUGCAAGACCAGGGAACAGUGUGUCUGGAUGGGUUAAGAAGCAGGGAGUGCCACAGAAUUUUGGGGGAUUGUGGUGGGUUUGUAUAUCUUCUGAAGGAGGGCAGCAUGUUUCAUUAGGAUGAGUAUUGUGAGUAGUGGUUGAAAUAUAAAUGUGUUUGAAUGUGGCUAGAGAGGGUGAAGUGUUAGCAUGUUGUUCAAAGCAUGUCUGAUUAGAAUGAAUGUUGUGUGGUUGGGACAAAUAACAUGCUUAUGUGUAGGUGGGAAGGGUGGUGUUCCUGUGUGUGCUGGCAGAAAAAAAAGCCGCUGCUAUUUGCCUAUGUCCUUUCCUGGGUUUCCUAUUAACUACCACAUACUAUUCAGUUUAGGCAGUACAGGGGGUUAGUUAAGGGAGAGGAGAAGGGGCAUCAGGUGGGAACCUUAGAGACUAGUUGGAUCCUUCAUGGACUUUGUGCUAAUGAGUGUGGAAGUGUCAAGUAUAUUGGGAAGUGAUAAGAGAGGUGGUCCAAUGGUAGAUUCCUCCUUUGCUACAAACUGGGAGUUCCUCCCUUAUUACUCUGCUUUGUCAACAUCCCUUGUCACCUUUCCUCACCAUUUUUUUUUGGUCCCAUCUUGAGGUUCCUGAAGUCCAAAGUGCCUGGCUGUGACAGUGUCAGUGGCUAAGGUUGUGUGUGCGAGUGGCAGUGUGUCCUGAUGCAUGUAUGUGGUUGUGCCAGUGAUUGUGAUUGUGUGUGUGUAUGUAUGAAUUAGGGACUGAAGGGCACAGCUUUCUGAAGGGAAUUUAGCCAUCAGAACUCCUUGAGAAGAAGGAUUUUGAGGGAGAUAAAGGAGUGGGACACACAUAAAACCCUGUUUCCUUGUGCUGCAAGAGAGAUGUUUUUUACAACUUCAUUGUAUAGCUGAUGCCAAGGCAAAGGCCAUAAUUUGACUUAAAUUAAGUUUUUUUCUUUUGAGAAUAUUUUCAUUUUCUUUAAAAGAAUAUAGUUUUCUUCCAAGAACUUGGACCUAGAUUGUUUCUGAAACUUUGUAGGAAAUCCUUUACAUGCCCAGUUUGUAUAUCAUGGAGCUGGUUUGUGCAGGGCACACAAUCCAGUUAAACUAUUUUUAUAUGAAUUCUUUUGUCACUUCCAAAUGUGCUUUUGCUUCUCUGAGGCUUCAGAACACAGAAGGAAUGGGGGGAAGGAGUGGGGUACUUUUAUUUCUGUGUCUACUUCUUUGGCCUUAAGGAAAUGGAACUUUUGGGGAAAAACAGAUUUAUUUAUUUAUGUAAAAGAUUUGCUCAUCCUUUUCUUAAGUUAUCACUGGGAUUUUGUUCUGUCUAAUAAACAUGUUUUAUAGCUGCUU